UUUAGUUAUUUUUUUUUUCCGUUGUGUUGUGGUGGUGACCGAAGACCACAUUCAAAAAUACAUUUUCCUUGCCCGUCACGUAAAGAUCUUCAACUGUUUCAAAGACCACAACCAUGUUUUUCGAAAUAAUCUUGGGAAUUUCGGCGCUGCAGAUGGUCGCCUCGCAGUCCAUUCAGGUGUCGCCAUCUUACAGUGGUGGCAGCGUAGCUUUCCCCCACUAUGCCACGCAGUACGGCAAAGACCUGCUUGUGGCCGAGACUUCACAACAGGUCGUCAAGGCUGUACCUCCUCCGAACCAGGUACCUCGCUCUUCGUACCGUUCAACUGAUCCCAGUCAGAUCCGGAAGAGUGGCUCUGGCUUCGGCGUGCUCUCGGACGUGUAUCAGCCUCUGAAUUACGACGAGGACGACUCCAAGCUGGACGCAUCGCAGUACGACCUCUUUCCAGAUACCCCAGAGGACACCGGCCCCAGACAGAGCUACGGCGCCCCCAACCCCGGCGUCCCUAAGAGCGGAAAUCGCAACCAAACAGCCAGGUUCUUCACCCUUAACACCAGCAGGCAGACUCUGGACCUGGGCCUGAGCUUCACCGUGCCCUUCCUGUCGAUCCCCAUGACCUCCUUGGCCUCCAUGAGCAGCGACCUCACGGCCUCCACCACCUCCGCCCUCAGCUCCCUCCUCGCGAUCAACUGGCCCUCCGUCCUGGCCGUCGGGGGCGCCGUGCUCCUGGCCACGCUCCUCCUGCCGCAGCUCAUGACCUUCCUGGCCUCCUUCACCUCGGCGCUGAGGCUGACCGGGGUGAACGGCGCGGGCGGGUACAAGGGGCAGGACGCUGAGCCAGCCUUCGGGUAUGCGGCGCCCUCGUCGUACGCCAGGAACCUCGAUUCAGGAGAAGGCCUGCUCCCCGUGGCGCCCUUCACCUCCAUCCUGAACCAGCUGGACGACGCCCUCGCGCAGUACGACCUCGACUCCACCUCCUGCCUCCAGCGCGCCGUCUGCUCCUACGUGGCCUCCUCCGACGCCAGCGUGAGCGAGGGAGACGCCGGGGCCACGCAGAUGAUUGUCUCGGGACUGGCCAGGAGCGAGCUACUAGAGGUCAUGGUAGGUCACUCGUCCUUCACGCAGGCGGUCAAGAUGGGUCGCUCUGGAGGAAACUGCCAGCUGCAAUAUCCGAAGUGCCCGUUUUCCCUUGGCGGCGUCCUCAGGUUCCUCUCGACGUACGCCACUCUCACCAGCUGAGGAAGGGCGUAGGGAGGAGUGGAGAGAGAGAGUAGAGUAAGGUGGAAGAAAGGAGGAAGAGGAAAGGCUAGAAGGAAGGGGAAUUGGAGGGUGAAAAGGAGGAGAAAAAA